CUCCCUUUCUCUUCUCCCCUUGUGUCGCGCUCGCGCAUCUGAAGCAAGGGGGGGAAGGGCCAAGGGGGAUCGGUCUUGUUCUCGGAGAGGGUUGAGCUGCUUGACGGUUUUGACUCGGAUCAUGGUGUGCAGCUCUAUCAGAUAGAGAGCUGACGUGAGGUGUGAGACGCGGAUCGUGGAGUACUACUCAGUAGGAGAUCAAGAGGAAGGAGGUGGGGAGGGGGAAGAAGGCGAUAGCCGGGGAGGAUGGUGCUUGUGCUUGCGCUGGGGGAUCUGCACAUCCCGCACCGGGCGCCCGACCUCCCCGCCAAAUUCAAGUCCAUGCUCGUGCCCGGCAAGAUCCAACACAUCAUCUGCACUGGCAAUCUCUGCAUCAAGGAAGUCCAUGACUACCUGAAAAGCCUUUGCCCUGAUCUCCAUAUUACCAGAGGUGAACAUGAUGAGGAUGCUCGAUACCCAGAGACUAAGACACUUACAAUUGGUCAGUUUAAGCUUGGGCUGUGCCAUGGCCAUCAGGUUGUUCCAUGGGGCGACCUGGACUCCCUGGCGAUGCUCCAGCGGCAGCUGGACGUGGACAUCCUGGUGACCGGGCACACGCACCAGUUCAAGGCAUAUAAGCACGAGGGAGGCGUGGUGAUCAACCCUGGCUCUGCCACGGGCGCCUACAGCAGCAUCACUUACGACGUGAACCCAAGCUUUGUGCUGAUGGACAUCGACGGGCUCCGUGUGGUGGUGUACGUCUACGAGCUGAUUGACGGCGAGGUGAAGGUGGACAAAAUCGACUUCAAGAAGACUGCGACGAUGCACGGCUAGCCCUAUCCUUCCACUCCGUGAUUGAGUGCAAGACAUGUCUAGCUUCUGUUUCUUUUCUUUCAGCUUCUUGAUUCAGAGCCUCCUGAACACGCUUUCUACCUGUUCAUGCGCAAAGAACUUUUUAGGUCUGGUUGUUAACAAUGUUUCUCGGAGCCAUGAAUUUAAAUACUAUACUUUUUAAUUGUCAUG